AUGGUCACCUAUCGAAAGACACGCUUUGUAUGCGUCUCCGACACUCAUGCCUACAUACCCUCAGAGGCGGGAUUCCGGCUGCCACCCGGAGAUGUCUUGAUCCACGCCGGGGAUCUCACGAAACGGGGCAGUAAAUCGGAGCUGCAGCGGACCAUGCAGUGGAUUCGGGAUGCGGACUAUGAGGUCAAGAUCGUGGUUGCUGGCAAUCACGAUGUCACACUGGACGCACCGUUCUAUGCGGAACAUGGUCCUCGUUUCCAUGACCAGAAACUGGAGAAUGCAGAGGAAUGCAUGGAACUUGUCGAGAGAUCGCCGUCGGUCAUCUUCCUCCGUCAUGCUUCAGCGCUGGUCAAAUUGACCCGUCCAGAUGGACCCCGGACCAUGUUCAAGGUCUUUGGCUCGCCGUAUUCGCGGUUCCAAGGAGUCUGGGCCUUUGGAUAUGACUCUGCGGAAGAGGCGCAGCGCCUCUGGGACCAGAUUCCCCUGGACGUGGAUAUCGUCGUGACGCAUACGCCUCCCUUGGGGUAUUGUGAUCAUCGUCGAGAGGACGGUGAUAAGGCAAGAUCGCUUGGUUGCGACGGCCUCCGUCAGGCAUUGAGCAGAGUGCGGCCGAUGCUUGCGGUCUGCGGCCAUGUGCACGAAGGCCGUGGCUAUGAGAGAGUGCGAUGGGAUGAUAGCGAUGAUGGGGCGUCGAGAUCCGCGCAGGAGGCAGCACUGCCUCCGAUGGGGAGCAAGAAGCAGAGUCUGGUCGACUUGACAGGCCGAAAACAGCGACGCCUGGAGAAUAUCAGUUAUACUGGGGCGGCCAAUGCAUCAUCAUUGCCGCACGGUACAGUCGGUAUUACUAAUAAUGGCGAAACCCCUGAAGGGGUGAUACCAGCGAGGAAAGAGACCUGCAUCGUCAACGCGGCGAUCAUGGCCACAAGCUUUCCACACAAGGAAGGCAAGCGAUUCCACAAACCGAUAGUCGUUGACCUGGACCUUCCCGCUUGGGACAGCGACCUCAACCCAACUUGA